AUGAGGAAAUGGCUGUGGGCAUCAGCUAUACUAAACUACAGCCACGGAGAGAGAGAGAGAGAGAGAGAGAGAGAGAGAGAGAGAGAGAGAGAGAGAGGCAGUGAAAGGGCGUGGUAUGCUCACGAGUGGAAUUUCACUUCCUGUCUCUCUCAACCAGGUGGCGCUAGGAAUCCGAUUUUGAAUUGUAGGAGUUUUUUUUUUUUAAUUGUUGUAAUAAUUAUGGGUUGGUGGCCGCUGGUGUUGCUACUGGUAUUUUUGGCGUGCGCCUUCAGUCAGGAGACAGGUGAGGAGUGUUUGGCCAAAUUUAAGAAAGGCCGCGAAGAUUUUGUGUUGGACGUCGACGAGUCCGUGAAGGACGGGGCCAUGUUCAUCUCGUCCCCCAAACUGGACCGCUCCAGAGACUGCGUGGCGGCCUGCUGCAAGGAGGAAAAGUGCAAUGUGGCCUUCAUGCAGGGGGGUGCUGAGGAGAACUCCAUCAAAUCCUGCUUCCUCUUUAACUGCCUCUACAAGAAGAAAUACGCCUGUCGCUUUGUAAGGAAGAAAGGUUACUACAACUACAUCCUGGACUCUGUCUACGAGAGCUACCUCGAAGUAGAUCUCCCACCAAAAGAAACCGACCGUCCACCAGUGGCCAAUGGAGGCCAGGACCGCGUGGUCCAGCCUCAAGACAGCGUGACGCUGAACGGCUUGGAGAGCAAAGACGACGAAGGGAUUGUGUCCUAUUUGUGGCAAAUGCUUACCAAGUAUCCCUAUGCUGUGAUAGAGAAAACCAGCUUCGAUGACCAGAUUAUUGUGUCCAAUCUGACGUCGGGAAUGUACAAAUUCCAAUUGACGGUCACGGACACCAUUGGUCAGUCGGACUCGACCAAAGUCACUGUUCUGGUUCUUACACCUGAACAGUCGGAACGUAAGUAUCUCGGCUUUAUUCACAACUUUUUUCAUAUGAGUCAAUGUCACCACAAGCAGCCUUUGAGACUUCCCCUUUUCAUACCAAACAUUUCUGAGUUGUUUUAAGUAGAUGGUACACUCUUGGAAAUAUAUAUUGGUCAAGAUCCCACACUUAUUAAUACAUUAACUACAAGCCGACAAUAUAUGCAAACAGCAAAGUAUUUGAGCUCGUCAACAUGGUGGCCAAUGACUGGGUGAACAUUUUUUUCUUUUUCUCAUAUUAGCAUCGUAUGACCUACUGUUAGCAACAUGAUUUAGUUAGCAAGCCGACUGCGUGCUCUUUUGCGAAUGUACUUUGAAUUUCUGAAAGGUUAUUCUUUCUAUUGAUAUUUCGGAGUGAACGACACACGAUAUGAUGAAAAU